GGGACGGGAAGCGCAGAGUCUUCUGGGCCAUUAUGGCAGUCAAGUGGACUGGCGGACAUUCUUCUCCUGUCCUCUGUCUGAACACAAGUAAAGAUGGACUAGUGGCUUCUGGAGCAGAGGGUGGCAGUCUCGUGGCCUGGGGUGAAGAUGGGACUCCAUUAGGACACAUGCAGUUCCAAGGAGCCGAUGAUGUUACCAGUGUCUUAUUUUCUCCCUCCUGCUCCACCAAGCUCUUUGCUUCACAUGGAGAAGACAUUAGUGUACUGGAUGUCAGGUCCCUCAAAGUCCUGGACCAUUUUCACGUGAAUGAAGAAGAAAUCAAUUGUCUUUCAUUGAAUGAAACUGAAAACCUGUUGGCUUCUGCUGAUGACUCCGGGGCAAUCAAAAUACUGGACUUGGAAAAUAAGAAAGUUAGCAGAUCCCUAAAGAGACAUUCCAAUAUCUGUUCCUCUGUAGCCUUUCGACCUCAGAGGCCUCAAAGCCUGGUGUCAUGUGGCCUGGACAUGCAGGUAAUGCUCUGGAAUCUUCAGAAAGCCCGCCCACUCUGGAUUACAAAUUUACAGGAGGAUGAAACAGAAGAAAUGGAAGAUCCACAGUCAUCUGGUCAGCUCGUAAACCCUGCCCUAGCAUACUCUGUCUCUGUAGCAUCAUGUGGCAAUAUUUUUAGUUGUGGUGCAGAAGAUGGUAAGGUUCGAAUCUUUAGGGUGAUGGGAGUCAAGUGUGAGCAAGAACUGGGAUUUAAGGGCCACACACUGGGGGUAUCCCAAGUUUGCUUUUUGCCAGAAUCCUAUUUGCUACUUACUGGAGGGAACGAUGGGAAGAUAAUGUUAUGGGAUGUGAACAGUGAAGUUGAGAAAAAACAUAAGAGUCCUACAAAACAUCCCCGCAGGAAGAAAACCAAAAGAGCAACUUAUACCAAGCAGGGUGGAAACAUCAGUGUUUCAAUAACAGAUGAAGAAGAACAUGGCAAAAUCUCACCAAAGCUAAAUAUUGAACAUGGAGAAAAAGUGAACUGGCUCUUAGGUACAAAAAUAAAGGGACACCAAAAUAUACUAGUAGCUGAUCAAACUAGUUGUAUAUCUGUGUAUCCCUUAAAUGAGUUUUAAAUCCAAUAAAAAUAUCUGAAGAACUA